GUGCUUAAUAUAGCCAAAAAAAAAAAAGAAAAAAAAUAGUGCGAGUGAAAAAAAUACGGACAUUAAGGGAAAAAAGACAUCGAGUAGCAGAGCGUUUUAUUCGAGAGAUUGAGAGAGGGUCUCACUAAAAGCAUUAAUACAGAAGAGUGUAAUGGGCAAACAGAAAAUCUAUUGCGCGAAAUGCGACAAGAAAUGCUCGGGCGAGGUGCUACGUGUGGCGGAUAAACAUUUUCACAAGGCUUGUUUUCAAUGCUGCCAGUGCAAGAAAUCAUUAGCCACAGGUGGUUUCUUUACGAAAAAUGGUGCUUAUUAUUGUAUACCUGACUAUCAGCGCAUGUACGGUACUAAAUGUGCCGCCUGUCAACACUAUGUAGAGGGCGAGGUCGUAUCUACAAUGGGGAAAACCUAUCAUCAAAAAUGUUUUACAUGUUCCAAAUGUAAACAACCAUUUAAAUCGGGUAGUAAGGUUACAAAUACCGGAAAAGAAGUGCUAUGUGAAAGUUGCGUAGCCGGUAAUAGUGUGGCGAGGAUGUCAUCGCCUACGCAGCAACAGCAACAACAACAACAGCAUCAGCAUCAGCAACAACAUGAUUCUACAUCACCGCCGCCAACUGCCGAGUCGCCAACUAGGGCUACCGCUCAUCAACAGAUGACAAGCGGUAUACUGUCAGAUAAGGCCCAUCUGAAAGACGAUUAUGAUCCAAAUGAUUGCGCUGGAUGCGGUGAAAUGUUGAAAGAAGGACAAGCUUUGGUGGCCCUAGAUCGCCAAUGGCACGUUUGGUGUUUUCGUUGUAAAGCUUGCACUACUGUACUCAAUGGCGAGUACAUGGGCAAGGAUGGUGUACCUUAUUGCGAGAAAUGCUAUCAAAAAUCGUUCGGUGUCAAGUGUGCAUACUGCAAUCGCUUUAUAAGCGGUAAAGUGUUACAGGCGGGCGACAAUCAUCAUUUCCAUCCGACCUGUGCUCGUUGCACAAAAUGUGGCGACCCUUUCGGUGACGGGGAGGAAAUGUAUUUGCAGGGCAGUGCUAUAUGGCAUCCACGAUGCGGUCCAGGCCCGUCUUCCGAGUCAGGCCUUAUCUUGAAUGGCGGUCCAGCGGGUGUAGGUGUAUCAAACGGCAAUUUCACCGAUACUGAAUGUGAUCGUAUUAGUUCGAGUGCUUUAAGUGAUAUGUACAUACGCUCCCGUACGCCGAGUUUUAAUGGUUCCAUAUACUCCUCUAGCCGCAAGCACUAUCGUACUGUUAGUCCUGGCUUAAUACUGCGUGAAUACGGUCGUCAUGGUGGUGAAGAUAUUUCACGCAUUUAUACCUACAGCUAUUUAACCGACGCACCACAUUAUUUGCGUAAACCUAUUGAUCCCUAUGACAAGACGCCUUUGUCACCGCAUUUUCAUAGACCAUCUUCAUAUGCAACAAGCACAGCCGGAUCUGUGGUUGGUAGUAGGCCGUCCUCCAGACCUAGUUCACGUACGCGUAGCGCUAUGAAAGUACUAGUUGACGCCAUACGCAGCGAGACUCCACGCCCUAAAAGUCCUGCCAUGAACAACGAGGAACCAAUUGAAUUGUCGCACUAUCCGGCCGCAAAAAAACCGCCACCUGGCGAAAAGCCAAAAAUCGAACGUGACGAUUUUCCUGCACCGCCAUAUCCGUAUACUGAUCCCGAGCGACGAAGACGUUACAGUGACUCGUAUAAAGGUGUAGCAGCCUCCGAUGAUGAAGAUGAUCCACAAACCAAAAAUGGCAUAAUUGACUCACGCCUGCAGCGCGAGGCUGAAGAAUUAGAAAAACUAAAUAGCGGCAUUGGUUCGGUUAUAGCUAGAGAUUUGAAGGAAACAGCAAAAUAUCGCAAAUGGAAACAACAGAAUUUAGAUCCGAGAAAUGCAUCACGUACCCCGUCGGCUUCCAAAGAACCCCUAAAUAAAUUAAGAUAUGAGUCGCCCUUGGGCGCAUCACCAUCACGCAAUUUGGAUCAUCAAAGACCUUUCUAUGAAGAAGAAAUUUUCGAUCGCUCAACCAGCUAUAGAGGCUCUUUAGGCAAAUCCUUGGGUACUGCCCCCAGUUAUAACGUGGUGAGCUCUCUGCGUUAUGUCCCCAAACCCGGAUACGGCUUAGCUCCACGUUCCCACACUUUCAGUUCAACCGCAUCGGCAGGCGCCUUCAUGCACGGCGUCACCGAUUUUUCAUAUGGAGGUUUGGUUGAUAAAACGCACAGUACAGAUUUAAGUUGUGGCAAAUCGGAGGCCUCAGUAGAUUCUAUAACUGAAGGGGAUAGACGGGUUUUGAUGGGUGGUGAUUUACCUGCCUCAAGCACAUAUUCAGGUGCUUUAUCUUAUCAUUACCCUCAGGCGGGUUUAAUACGCCGUAGCUUGCCUAAUAUGGCCCAUUCAAUGCUGGUUCAUGAACCGGCCAAAAUCUAUCCUUAUCAUCUAUUGGUUAUAACAAAUUAUCGUUUACCAUCGGAUGUGGAUCGUUGCAAUUUGGAGCGUCAUUUAUCCGAUGUCGAAUUCGAGCAUAUUUUGCAAUUUACCAGAGCUGAUUUUUAUAGAUUGCCACAAUGGCGACGAAACGAAUUGAAACGUCGCGUUAGACUUUUUUAAAAAGAAAUGAAAAAGAAAGUGAAACGCGCCCUUUUUUCCGACAAAAAACAAAAAAAAAGAAAAAAAAAAAGAAGUAAACUAAACCAGAGAUAAAACGUAAUUAAGCAAAUGAUACCAAAAAAAACAGAAAAUGCGAAGAAGAAGAGUAAAGUUAUUUUUUUGCUAAAACAGAAAAAAAAAAAAAACAAAGCAUUAAAAAACAAAACCUAUCAGCUUUAUAACACGCUAAGCCGCUACACAUCACAUUAUAAAAACAGAAAAACACUCUACUAUCUAUAUUUGCAAAUAAUAUAGAGAACAAUAACAGUAUAAGACAGAUAGGCAGGUGCUUGACCAACUCAAAGUUCGUAUACUGGAAAAAAAA